UUCUGAUUCAAUGGAUGACGAUGAACAAAAUUCAGUGAAAGGUGUUGGAUACGUUACAUCACCUAAAUCAAGAAGUCCACCUCUUACUUCUGACAUGAUAAUUGAAAAGAGGUAUCAAAAUGAAGAAGAACCGGUUAAUUUGAAAACCACAAGUUUUAAACUCGAUAAUGAUCAUCAAACAGAUAAUGUAGAUGAAGCUAGUUCUCCUGAAUCGGAGAAUGAUUUAUCAUCAGAUGAUUCUCAUCAAGAAUGCUUUGAAAAUUAUAUUGAUACUGAGGACGAAAAUUUGAAACGAAGCAGACUGAGCCAUGCAAAUUAUUAUUUGAGCCAACAAAUUGGUUAUCUUAGAAGGACUCUAUAUCCAGAAACGAUCAAAAGAAAGAUGAAAUCUGAUGCACAAGAUUAA